AAGAAAAGAGAGCAGCCAUGGAUUUCUCUCUACUAUCAGAGGCCUUGACCUCCAAAUCGUAUGAAAAGGUCGCCGAUAUCUGUGACGAACAGAUGCUUCAGGUCGCAGCCAAGGGCGUUGCUUUUCAGGACGACUGGCCCUACGCCAUUCAUCUUCUCGGUCACAUUUACGCUGGUGAUAUUAAUAGUAUGCGGUUUCUUUGGAAAUCAAUGCCUGCCACAGUCAAAGAGGGCAAUCCAGAAGUCAUUGCUGCUUGGAAAAUUGGCCAGAAGUUGUGGGUGCGAGACUAUGGGGGUGUGUAUGAAGCUAUUCGUGGAUAUGACUGGAGUCAGGAAGCUCAAGGUCUUGUUGCAGCCUUUUCAGAUCUUUACACAAAGAAUAUGUUUCAGCUCCUGCAGUCUGCCUAUUCUACAAUAAGCAUUCAAGACACAGCUCUCUUCCUUGGAAUGAGCGAGGAUGAUGCCACAACUUUUGUACAACAGCAAGGUUGGGCCGUGGACCCUGCUUCUCAAAUGCUUACUGUGAAGAAGCAGCCCAUUGUUACAAAGCAGAAACUGGAUGCCAGAAAAUUGCAGAACUUGACAGAAUAUGUAUUCCAUCUAGAGCAUUGAAGGAGCUUUCAAGAACCUGAAGCUGUGAAUUGUCUCUUUAAUCAGCU